AUGCGGGCGGUGCCGCCGGGGCUGUGGGUGCUGCUGGCGGCGGCGCUGGCGGCGGGUCGCUGCUCGGAGCUCCCCCAGCUCCGCGGGGCCGCGCUGCGGGACCUGGCCCGGGGCAAGGUGGAGACCUGCGGCGGGUGACGGCUGAACCGCCUCAGGGAGGUGAAGGCGUUCGUCACCCAGGACAUCCCGCUCUACCAUAACCUGGAGAUGAAACACCUGCCCGGUGCUGACCCCGAGCUCGUGCUCCUCAGCCACCGGUACGAGGAGCUGGAGAGAAUCCCCCUGAGUGACAUGACCCGGGAGGAGAUCAACCGGCUGGUGCAGGAGCUGGGCUUCUACCGCAAGGAGACGCCUGAUGCCCCCGUGCCCGAGGAGUUCCAGUUUGCCCCUGCCAAGCCUCUGCCCACACUGCCACCCCCCCAAGCAUCCACCACUGGCAUCAAGACCCCACUCAAACGUGACAAGGGAGAACACCCAGACCUCUAGUGAGGAGUGCCGCACUUGGGACAGGGUCCUGCAGCCAGUCCACAGCACAGGGAACGAGGGUGUUACAGCAGCUGGGGAUAGUGCUGUGGAGUGGCAGAGCUGCCCCCCCCCGGCUCUUGCUUGGUGCUGUGUAGCCUCUGCCCCAAGGAUGCCCUGGGUAGCUCAAACUUCGAGCAGGGGCUUCCUGGGCACUGUGGGCAUCCCAAGGGUCCCAUGUGGUGGUCAUUGCCUUCCCAUGCCUGCAGCCUGUUCCCUGGCCAGUUGGGAGGAGCAGCAUUCCUUGCACUCCCUUGCUGUGCCCGGAGGUUUAGCUGCUCCCGGCAACUGGGCAGCUGGAUCCUACCUGCAUGGGACAGGAUGAAACCCUCAGCAGAAAGCGACAGGUGCUAAGGGUAGAUGUGCUGAGUCCCAAAGGUGGGAGAGCUGCCCCAGGGAGAGGGCUUUACCCCCCAGUAGGGUUAUCUUGUAUCCAGCACCCAGUAAAGCCUUUACAUACA